AUGGAUCAGAUUACUAUAAAAGACUUAGAUGAAGGAUCUAUUCUUUAUGAAGUCAAAUCUUCUAGUAUCAAACUCAAUAAAACUUAACAUUGGGAACUCUAUUGGCAGCAACUUUUCGAAACUCAUAAAUUAUUAUGUACUGCUGCAUAAGAAAAUGAUGUCGAAUAGUUACAAAUUCUACUAUCACCAAAAUACCAUUUACCGAUUGAUAUCAAUAUGAAAUUGGAAGAGUAAUGGUCAUGUCUCCACUAUGCAGCUAUGGAAGGUCAUUUUGAUUCAUGUAGAAUAUUGCUAGAACAUCAAGCUAAACCAGACAUAACUAAUGUAUAAUAAAGAACCCCAUUGCACAUCGCAGCUCUGAAAGGGUAUUUAUAAAUCUGCAAAUUAUUCCUCUAACAUGGCGCCACUGUGAAUUUAUUCGAUUAUUAAUACAAUUCUCCCUUGCACCUUGCGUCUCAAUAUGGCAACAAAGAAAUUAUAGAGCUCUUAUUGGACAAUGGAGCCGAUUACAAUGUUAGAAAUCAUUUUAAUUUCAAUGCUUACGAUUUGGGAUUAGAUUAACAGACUUUAGAGAUAUUUGAAAAAAGAGGACUUUAUCAAGAUUAUCAGAAAAAGUCUUUCAGAGGAAUACACAAUAGGAAUGAUCACAUCAAAAAUUUACUAAAACUCUCAGAUCGACAAAGCACAUAAGCAAGUUAAGUUAAGGUUAGUCGAGUUGAAAUUCAAUAAGUUGGUCCCUAAGAUUUCUCAGUCCUAAGCUAAUUGGGUAAAGGAUCUUUCGGAUAAGUGUAUUUGGUCUAAAGAAAAGGGAAUACUAAUUAUUAUGCUAUGAAGAUUUUAUUCAAAAAAAAAAUAUAAGCUGCAGGGAUAGUUAGAUAUAUUUAAACUGAGAGAAAAAUAUUAACCUAUGUUACCUCUCCAUUUAUAGUUAAAUUACAUCAUGCAUUUUAGACUGAAAAUAAACUUUAUAUGAUUUUGGAUUACUGUCCAGGAGGAGAUUUGGAAUAAUUAAUGAAUGAGAGAGGCAAACUACCUGAAAAAGCUGCGAAGGCUUAUGCAUGUGAAAUACUAUUGGCCUUGGAAACAUUACACUAAAAUUGCAUUGUUUAUAGAGAUCUAAAGCCUUCAAAUGUUGUUAUUGAUAAAGAUGGUCAUGCUUUGUUGACGGACUUUGGAUUAUCAAAAGAAUUGAAUGCUCAAAGAGCCACUAGUUUUUGUGGAAGUUAUGCUUACUUAGCACCAGAAAUGUUAGAUAAAAGUGGUCAUGGGUAUCCAUUAGACUGGUACUUAUUUGGAGUAUUUAUUUAUGAAUUGGUUCAUGGCAAACCUCCAUUCUAUGAGAGAGAUAGAAAUACUAUGUACAAAAAUAUUAAGAACACUGAUCCACCAAGGCCAUAGAAUAUUAGUGAUGACUUAUGGGAUCUCUUAAUGAGACUUUUGGAGAAGAACUAAUCAAAAAGAUUAGGAUCUAAAGAGGAUGCAGAAGAACUCAAAAACCACCCUUGGUUUAAGAAUGUGAAUUGGUAGUAAGUAAUACAGAGAAAGUAACCAGUCCCUAAAGCUAGUUUGAGGACUGAAAACUGUGAUUUGGAUUUGAAAUUGACAUUCUCAGAACAAGCUUAAAAUUCAGAGAGGCACAAUUUUAUACAUGACUGGGAUUAUUGA